ACAAGGGCGUGUCCUUCCGAAGGUCACGGCCAUCGUAUAUAAAGCCAGGGACACUGCCCGAUCGCCACACGCACUCUUGUGGGUCCAAGACAUCCGUCCGACGAAGCAGCCAUGAAGGCCAUAUACGUGCUACCCUUUAUGUUGGCCUCCGUCAUGGGAGGCACAACGCUCCUGCAGCCAGCUACUGUAGGACUGGGUCCCCACGCAUGGGCCUACUCAAACCUCAACGUACCUGCUCCCGUACCCGCCGGCGAAGCCCCAUCCCCAGACGUCCUCGUCCAGAGAACCGCCGUGCAGGGAGUGGGACGCCCCGUCAUCAAGUACACACCCCAGAUCACGGAGGUCCGCCCGGAGUUGAAGAUCACCGAGAGGACCUACAACGUGCCCGUCCCAAAGCCCGUCUACGAGACCAAGCAGGUCACCCCCGUCCACACCAAGUACGUCGCUGAGCCCUACGCCGUCCAGCAGCCCUUCGCUGUCCCUCAGCCCUACGCCGUGCCCACGCCCGUCAACGUCCAGGUCCCAGUGCCACAGCCUGUCCACGUACAGCACAAUGUUGUCGCUCAGCCCGCCGUUGUUUCAUACAGCGCCCCAGCUGCUGUACAGCAGAUAGCUGCUGUGAACGCUCUCCCCCAGUUAACCGCUCUGUCUGCUGUGCAGACCGGUGCCAACAUCAUUUCACCUGUCACCUACAACGCUGCUACUGCUGUUCACGGCAUCGCCGCUUCCCCACUGCUGACCCAGACCAUCACUCACAGGGUUGAAUUCGACGACGAUGACGACAAAUAAGUCAACUGCUAGAUUCGUGGCCUGAGGAACUUCUAAGAAUGUCGACAGAGUCUACUAGGAACCAUCAGAAGAGGCAAUAACGGAGCGUCAUCUAGAAAGGAUGAGGUUUGAGAACCGUGGUCUGAACGAAAGGAUGUGUGCGGUAUAAAUGAGUUCAAAAUGUAAAAAAUAAAAUCGUGUAUGUUAAA